AUGGAAAAAAGCAUUAUGAUUUUCUCAUUUAUUAAAAUUGUUGUACUUAUCUUUUUAACAUGUAUACCCCAUUUAAGCAAAAAGUACACGCUUGCUAUAAAAUUAGACGACAGAAUAUAUCGAUUACUAGCAAAAUAUAAAAAGGAUAAGGAUUCAAAAGUUGUAUUGUUAAGAGAUGAUAUAUCAACUAAUGGAAUGGAUAAAAAAAAGGAUAUAUCUAAUACUGAAAAGGAGUGCCCAGAAAAAAAGAAAGAAUUAUAUGAAGGUUCAUUAAAUAAUUAUCAUGGACAUAAACAAGAUAUGAACAAUAAAUAUUCUAAAUUUGUGACAAAAAAAUACAGUCAUCUUGAAAAAAAAAUAUUCAAAGAGCUAGAUUUUGUAGAUUUUCUUAAAAGGAACAAGAAUAUUAGUGAUAAGACUUACAAAAAAAUAAUGCGUAAAAAAUUCUCAUUACGAUUAGUAUCAACUUUAUUAUUGUUUUUGUUGUUAUUUAGUCUACUCAUAGUAGAUAUAUCUAUGGAUUGUGCACCUGGAGGAAAUGGAUUUUGGGAAUUAUCAGGAUUGAAUUCGACUUUAAGUUAUUUGGAGAACCCUUUGAAAACAUAUUUUAAUUGGUUGUUGACUGGUACAAGUAGAUCUAAUGGUGUAUUAGGAGAAUUAUUUAAUAUUGUAUUAUAUGUUAUUCCUUUUUUAAUAUUAGGUGUUACACUUAUAUCGUACGUUUUUUAUUACCAUAAAAAAGCUAAAAAAUAUGAAAAAAUUAAGUUCAGUAAAAAGUGA